AUGGCCGCCGCCCGCGCGCCCUCGUCCACGCUCCUCCGCAGCCUCCGCGGCGCGCUCUCACGUAACGCCCACUUCUCGCUGCGACAACAGCGGCCAAACCGACUCUUCCCAGCAUCCUCGUCCUCGUCCUCCUUCUCCUUGCCGUCAUCCGCCCGCUCCAUCGCCAACCACACACACGGCCACCAGGCGUCCGCCAUCUCCGUGCUGCCGACCGCCGUCGACCCGUCGUCGGCCGACUUCCAGCAGAAUGCGCAGCAGAUGCACGAGCUGCUGGCACACAUGGCCACGCUGCACGCCGGCAUCGCGCAGGGCGGCCCGCAGAAGGCGCGCGACAAGCACCUGGCGCGGGGCAAGAUGCUGCCGCGCGACCGCGUCACCGGCCUGAUCGACCCGGGCACGUCGUUCCUGGAGCUGUCGCCGCUGGCCGGCCACCAGAUGUACGGCGCCGAUGAAGUACCGUCCGGCGGCAUGAUCACAGGCAUCGGCACCGUUGAGGGCGUGACGUGCAUGAUCGUGGCCAACGACAGCACCGUCAAGGGCGGCACGUACUUCCCCAUCACCGUCAAGAAGCACCUGCGCGCGCAGGCCAUCGCCCAGGAGAACCGUCUGCCGUGCAUCUACCUGGUCGACUCGGGCGGCGCCAACCUGCCGCACCAGGCCGACGUCUUCCCCGACCGCGACCACUUCGGCCGCAUCUUCUUCAACCAGGCCCGCAUGAGCUCCAUGGGCAUCCCGCAGAUCUCCGUCGUCAUGGGGCCCUGCACCGCGGGCGGCGCUUACGUGCCCGCCAUGAGCGACGAGAGCAUCAUCGUCGAGAACCAGGGCACCAUCUUCCUGGCCGGCCCGCCGCUCGUCAAGGCUGCCACCGGCGAGGUCGUGUCCGCCGAGGACCUGGGCGGCGGCCGCCUGCACAGCUCCAUCUCCGGCGUCACUGACUACCUGGCCGUCGACGACGCCCACGCGCUCGUGCUGGCUCGCCGCUCCAUCGCCAACCUGAACUAUCCCAAGUCCGCCUCGCCGCUGCUCCCCGCCGGCACCACCGUCAAGGAGCCGCUGUACGACCCCGAGGAGCUGGCCGGCAUCGUGGGCACCAACCUGCGCCGCCAGAUCCCCGCGCACGAGGUCAUCGCCCGCAUCGUCGACGGCAGCGAGUUCGCCGAGUUCAAGCGCGACUACGGCUCUACGCUGGUCACCGGCUUCGCGCGCAUAUACGGCACCCAGGUCGGCAUCGUGGCCAACAACGGCAUCCUGUUCUCCGAGUCGUCGCUCAAGGGCGCCCACUUCAUCGAGCUCUGCGCCCAGCGCAACAUCCCGCUCGUCUUCCUGCAGAACAUCUCCGGCUUCAUGGUCGGUGCGGAUGCCGAGAAGGGCGGCAUCGCGAAGAACGGGGCCAAGCUGGUCACGGCCGUGGCGUGCGCCGACGUGCCCAAGUUCACCAUCGUCUUCGGCUCCAGCGCAGGCGCCGGCAAUUAUGGAAUGUGCGGCCGAGCCUACUCCCCCCGUUUCCUCUACAUGUGGCCCAACGCCAAAAUCGGUGUCAUGGGCUCCGAGCAGCUGUCGUCCGUGAUGGCGGCGGUCGGCAAAACGGCCGAUCCGAACCUUAAAGCCCGCAUCGACACGGAGUCCGAAGCCAUCUUCUCGUCCGCCCGGCUCUGGGACGAUGGCGUCAUUCCUCCCGCGCACACGAGGCGCGUCCUCGGCCUUAGUCUGGCUGCGUCGCUAGGCGGCCGGUUUGACGACGCGAAGACGAAAUUCGGCGUUUUCAGGAUGUAG